AUGUUUAGCAAAAAAUUGCACGUAGACGUCAAAAAAUCGACGUUAAAAAUUCAGGAUGUUAAAAAAGAUAGUGCUACAAGAUUCAAACAUUUGAAAAUUGUAUUAGAAAACUUUGACAUUGAUGAAGCAAAAGGAUUUUUUGAAGGAAAUUUUAGUCAUGUGUAUUUUAUUCUGCAUGACUGCUUUGUAUCAGCAGAAGCCAAUUUACGACAAAGAGUUCAUAAAGCUCAUAGAGAAGAAUUGGAGCAAGUUCUUCUCUUGUUGGAGAAAAUUUUGAUUUUACUACCAGAAUUACUAAAUCGAAGAUGGCAAUGCCACAGCUUAGCUAGGAUAUUACACAAGCUUUUACAUCCCGGAAAUAGUUGGAAACUAAGACGUCAAGCAUUAAGAUUUUUUAUAUUAUGGUAUCAAGCAUUGGGAGAUAAUGCCCCACAACACAUUCAUCAAAUGUUUGCAUGUUUAGUUCCUAAUUUUUCGUCUUAUCAGUUGUCACGAUCUUCAGAGUAUCGAAACAAAUCAAAUCUCAGUGCAGAAGAGGAUGACAAACGUGAUUUUUUCGAAACUCAGCAUUCAUCUGCUGUUUUUCAUUGUAAUUCUACGCAGCAAGGGCCGGUUACACAACCCAGUGGCACCCCUAUUUUACCGAUUCAAAGUGGCGAAAAACCAUUGGAUAAUGAAACUGUUAGAUUUUUUGAAGCACUACUAGAAUUUAUGGUGACCCAAGUAGUGAAAAUUGAAUGGCGAGACAAACAUACCCGGCAACACAAAUGUUUUCAAUUUCUUUUAGAACGUUUUAAGGCUACAUACUUACGACAGAUUUGUCCUGGAUUUGAUGAUAAUUUUUCAUUAUAUAAGCCAAAUUUAGAACUUCCGACAAUGCGACAGCCAUCCACUCAAAAUCAGAACAAUUACUCACUCUGUAAAGUUGCUUUGAUAAAAUGGCUCGCCAGUUUUACUCAUGUUUCUAAAAAAGAUAAACCAUUUGUAAACCCAUCAAAUGUUGUUACAUCAGUUGAAGAGAAUACAGAAUCUGAUGGGAGACGUGUCUCUGUGAGUCAAAGUAUUGAUUCAAACUCUUGGACAUCUGAAAUACCAUUCUCUCAACAAGAUAAUCAUGCUAACGACAAUCAAAUUGCUGUAGUAUUAGUACGGGAAGUUUUGUAUGGAAGCCGUGAUAAUGUUAAUUUUGUACAUGAAAUAUACAGACAAGCAUUUCUGUUGGAUUUCACUCAUGCUGGUGCUAUAAGAAAAGCUAUUGCUGUUUAUAAGGAUUGGAUCCAAAUGAAUGAAAUUCCGCCUUUUAUGCUCGAACCUUUAGACAAUCUUAAAGACCGAGAGAAUGAAGAUUCAAAAGUUAAUAGUUUGCUAGACAAUGAAAAUGAUAAGAGUCCAUCCGAUAAUUAUCGUUUAACUCGUUUGAGAAAUGAUUCAUAUUUAGGAGCAAUUCAUCGUGAAAAUUUGUUUGUGAGAGCUGGAUUGCAAAAUGUACUUCAACUAUUCAUAACUCAAGCCUCCAACGUAUUUUUUUUAGAAAAUAUUGGUGGGAAUGCUUCAGCAGCGUUGUUGGAAGAACAGAUUGAUAGCUGCAAAAGAGUUUUAAAUGUUUAUCGUUAUGUGGUAAUGCAUGCACGAUUAGAAUCAUCAACUUGGGAUCAAUUGCUUCGAGUAUUGUUGCAAAUAACUUCAUUAGUCUUAGGUGGGAAAACUCGCCGUAAAUCUCAUGAUGGUAUUGGUGGCAAGCUUGCUCCGGCGAUAUUUCAAACACUUAUUGUUACAUGGAUUAAAGCAAACUUGAAUGUUGUUAUAGCACCUCAGCUCUGGAAUCAAUUUCUCGAAGUUUUAACGUCACUUACUCGAUGGAAAGAAUUAAUUCGUGAAUGGGCAAAAACAUUGGAUACAUUAACGAGAGUAUUAGCACGACACGUUUAUAAUUUAGAUCUCAAUGACUUGCCAUUAGAAAGAAUCAGUGAACAAAAAUCAAAAAAACGUCGUGGUAUAGGAUAUCGUGUAUCGGCGAGUAGUGUCCAAUCACCACGACGAGGAAGCAUUGAUCGCGAAAGAGAUAUAUCUUAUAAAGAAAAUAUACCUGAUAAUUUAUCUAGAGAAUUUAGAAAAAGCAAACUGCUCCCUCGAAGUUCAAGUGACAACAAUUUAUACAACUCUAAAAAUCGUGGAAAACCUGUAACACACCACAGAGAUAUACUUCCGUUUGAAAUUUCAGGACAUACAUCUCGACUUCAAGUUACAUUAUCAUCAUCAGUAGAAAUCGAUGCGACUCAAUUGGUUUCCCAUCAGAACAGUGCAAAUGAUCAGGAUAUAGUAGGAAAUAAAAGAAAAUUAUUAAUCGGACGAAGAACUAAAUCAUUAGAUUGUGUCAUAGUACCUGAUUGUGAACCAAUAACUCCUCGAUGUCCUUCACCAACGCCUAGUAGCGGUGUUGAUAGCAACAAGGAUAGUCCUAUUCAAAUAGAAAAUAUUGAUGGCAACAGCAUUGAUGCAAAUGAUGUAUCCGAAAAAAGGUCAGUGAUGGCUGGUGGUGGAGUACGUGGAUGGUUACCAGAUGUUGCGGUUAUAUUGUGGAAACGUAUGUUAUCAGCUUUAGGAGAUGUUAAUAAUAUUCAAGAUCCAAUUUUACAUGGUCAAGUAAUGGACUAUUUAAUACAACUCAGCAAUACUCUUGUUAAAAUUCGUUCCAAUCAAGGUGUUACAAAUGAUAACCAAGCUACCCCAUCUGCGCCAGAACUUAUUCCACCUUUAACGGUCAUUUCACCCUGGUGUUUUAAGGCUACUCAAUUACCAAUGAAUUAUGAAAUAGGAAAACUUGCUGCUUAUCGCUUGAUUUGUAUUCUCACAACUCAACCGCUAGACAUUAAUUUGCCAAAAGCACAUUUGAUUUUAUUUUAUCGUGCUCUUCAUUUUGGAAUCAUGAGCAACGACAUUAAAGUUAUUUAUGCAAUUGUUAAACAUACGGGGCCAAGAUUAUUCAGCCUAAAUUUACCGGGAUCUAGUCUUUUGAUUAUGGACUACAUACAUGCAGCAAAUAUAAUAUUGAAAAAUGACGAUACUGAUGCUCCAAGAAUAGAAGCAGUAUCGAUAUUAGGAUCAUUGUUAUCUCUGCCGAUUGUACUUGAAAAAUUGCCCGUUCUUAAAGAAAAUGGAUCUGAUAUUGAAACAACAACAUGUCCUGAAGCAAAUGAGCUUAUUUUAGAAGCAAACCAUCCAUCAGUAGUUCAAACGGCUUGUGAUUCUCUUGGUCUUCUUUGUGAUAAAGCCGAUACUCUUCUACUAUUUUACCCAGAAGAACCAUGUAAAAUAAUUCAGGUUCUCGCAGAAACGUUGGAUAAUCUCAAUGUGCGUGAACAUCGAAGCUCUUUGAUUACAUCUAUGCUGUUUUGCUUGAGUGAAUGGGCUAUGCAUUUAGAUCUUGAAAUAUUGACAAGAGAUUUUCAAGGAAAACCUUUAUUAUUAACAAUUUUUACAGUCUUAGAUAAUAUUAUCUAUAAUAAAUCAAAUAAACUACUACAUGAUCUCCAUGUAUAUAGUAAACAUAAAAAUGAUGAAAAAGAGUUUAAUCCGGAUAUUAUACUAGAUAACUUUGGAGAAAACAAUGAUGCUAAUAAAUCUUUCCGGCCCAAUAUUCAAGCUAUUCAAUUAGCUGCAAGAGUAAUUGUAAUGCAUUUAGUAAAUCAUUUAGGACAUUUUCCGAUGGGAAUCGGUGCAGCUCGUCUAUCAUCUAUAAUAGUCGAAUUAGAUGAUGUUCUAGGCAUAAACAGUGAUGAACUCUCUUCUGCAAUUUUUAAUGCUCCGAAUAUUCAAUUGUUAAUGCUUUCAAGUUCUACCAUAAUGUCAUUUAUAGAACUUACGGCAUUAAAUUCACCUGACGUUACAUCAGAUUUUAUUACGGCACCGUCAAUAGCUAGAGUAUUAUUACGUGACUUGAUUGGUAAAGCAUCUUGGGAUAGUUCGAUAUUGUAUAACAAUUUUUCUGAUACAGAAAAUACAGAUUUGGAGCCGAUGAAAAAUAUUGAAUGGCUAUCUUUGCAUUAUGAAACAAAUAAAGAGGAUUCAAUAAAUAUUUUAUACCCUUUUCAACCAAUUCCACGUCAUGUUAUAAGACAUCGUGAACCUUACAUCCUUCCAACUUUUGCAAACACUGCAAGUGAUAUGGAUAAUUUAGACGAUCUUCUAUGUUAUAUAGGACACACAAGUCCUGAAGUGCUCACUAAUCCAGAAAUAACCCUAAAUUGUCCGGCGAAUCCACCACAAGUAAAUUGUAUGGAAAAUGAAACAAUGAUAACAAUUUUGAAUCAACGUAAUGCUGCGCGAGAUUAUGUCUUAAAUUGUAGUCAGCAUAUUACUACAUCUGAAGUUAUUAUCAAUCCGACGUCAGUCAUAACAUCAGCUCCAUUUCAUCACAGUAGACUUUUAUUUUCACACUUAGGACUUGCAGGAUGGGAACAGCGCCAAAAACUUCACCUUUUAGCAAAAAAUGAAAAACUUCUUCGAGAACUUCGUAACUUAGAUGGACAACGAUCGCGAGAAACUCAUAAAAUGGCUAUUAUUUAUGUAGGCCCCGGCCAAGAAGAUAAAAAUUCUAUUCUUGGUAAUACUAUUGGUAGCACAGAAUAUGAGAAUUUUGUUGCAAGAUUAGCUUGGGAAGUAGAAUUAGAAUCACACACUGGAUUUCUUGGUGGUCUAACACCUGGUAAAGCAUCUGGUGUCUCAGCACCCUAUUUUGCAACAUCUUUCUCUGAAAUUUUGUUUCACGUUGCUACUCGAAUGCCAUUAGACAGCCCAGAAAGUCUUUUACAAAAAACACGGCAUCUUGGAAAUGAUGAAAUUCACAUCGUCUGGUCGGAACAUUGGCGAGAUUAUCGUCGAGAUAUUAUACCCACAGAAUUCUGUGAUGUUUUAAUUGCGAUCUAUCCUUUACCAAAUAAGUUAUACAGGAUUCAAAUAUCUCGGAAAUCAGAAAUUCCAUUUUUUGGACCACUUUUUGACGAGUGUAUAGUCGAAGAUCAAGUACUUCCAGGACUUGUAAGAAUCACUGCUUUAGCUGCUAGUCGUGCUAAAAGAUCUACAUUUUACGAAGAACGUGCUCGCUCAAUUGAUGUUGUUAUGAGAAAUUAUAAAGAAUCAACAACAUUUGAGGAAUUCGCUACGAAUAUUUAUUCUCCUGUACUCCCAAAAAAUUCAUUCAGGACUGGUUCAUCUGUAACAGAUUCCAUAACUACCAAUGUUCAAUCUACAGCAUCAUCAAACCUCGCAGCUGCGCUUCUGGACUCUCAUCAAGGAUGUUCUAAUAACCUUCGUGGCAGUGCUGCACUUAGCGGUAUAGAUACUCGCAAUCACAGA